UUAUAUGUAAACAAAACGAAACGUUUAAACCAAACAUACUUUAAAAAUACAACUAUGUAUGUUAGAAUUUAUUUAUCGAUUAAAAGUUUACUUCAAACUGUCAGCUGCUUUUAAUUUUGACGUAUGGCGAACGAUUCAUAUUACUGAGUCGAAAAGUUUAAGUACUCGUCGGCGCUUUUAAAUAGCUUCUUUAAUAGAAUUCUUGGAAGUUUGAAAAAUAUAUUUAUUAUGCAAUGGAUUAUUCUUUGAUUAACUAUUACGGAUAUCAAAAAAGUAGAUGCGGAUAUUGCAAAGGGGUGAAAUGUAGUAAUUCACAUGGAAUGCAUGCCUAUGGCUUAACGCCACAGGAAUAUCAGGAUUUAAUUGAUCGAGGUUGGCGGCGGGCUGGACUUUAUUGUUAUAAGCCAGACAAUAUAAAAACUUGUUGUCCAUGCUAUACCAUUAAAUGUGACGCUUUGGAAUUUAAAUUAACAAAGACUCAUAAAAAAAUCUUGAGGCGUAUGAAUCGUUUUUUACGUGACGGCAAAAAAGAGCAACAUGAAGAACGUAUAGAAAAUUCCAUGGAUACUGAAAGAAAUUGCGAAGAAUCUGGAAUAAUUGAUGUACCAAAAACUGAUAUUAAUCUUGCCGAUAUUGUGACAAAAACUCGUGAAAACUGUACAACAAAUUUGCAAAAUAAACAAAAUGCACAAAUUAAAAAUGUCUCACAAGAUGCGAAUACUGCUAUACCAAAAACAAGUGCCAGUUCACAACUAUGUGAAAAUAGUGAACAAAAUGACAGUUCACAGCAAUCUUUAGAGAGACCAGUUUGCAAGAAAGCUAAACAAAUGCGGUUGGAACGUAGAAGAACCAAACUCGCUUUAAGAGGUAUAUCUGAAGAGGCAGCAACGGCUUCUAAGUCGAAGAUACAAAAUAAAGAAAAAAGUUUACAGGAUUAUAUAAAUGAUACAACUGCCAGCGAUAAACACAAACUAAAGCUAAUUCUAGUGGAAGUGAAUAGUAACCAGUUCAGAAAUACGCUGAUGAAAACUUUUGCAUUGUAUAAAAAGUAUCAGAUAUUGAUACAUAAUGAUCCACCACUGGAUGUGAAUAGUUAUUUAGAGUUUUUACAGGAGUCUCCGAUAGAGAUGAUUGAACCUGUAAAUGGUGCUCCAACUGGUUAUGGUUCUUUUCAUCAGCAAUAUUGGCUUGAUGAUAAAUUAAUUGCAGUUGGUGUAAUUGAUAUAUUACCAUACUGUGUUAGCUCCGUAUAUUUUUUCUAUGAUCCAGAUUAUAGUUUUCUAUCCUUGGGUACAUAUGCAUCCUUAAGAGAAAUAGAGUUUGUACAACAAUUAUCAACACACGUAGAUGCUAUUAAAUAUUAUUAUAUGGGUUUUUAUAUACAUUCCUGCCCAAAAAUGCGUUACAAAGGUAAACUUGCACCCUCCUAUCUAUUGUGUCCAGAGUCAUAUAGUUGGUGUUUACUUACACAAGAAAUUCGAGAUAAAUUGGAUGAAAAUAAAUACCAACGGUUAAAUUCGAAUUUAAGCGAUGAAGAUCCAAAUAAGUUCGAAAUACGAGACUUGGAUAAAGUACGUUUACUUGUAAAUCAACGUCACUUCGUUACCUAUCCUCAAUAUAUUCAGUCUUUUAAAAUAAAACACAUUGACAACAUUCUGGACAUUAUAAGGAGCAGAAUUUACAAGGAGAUAACUGGUGAAAAUGACGAUCGUGAUAUAAUUAUUGAAUAUUGUAAACUGGUUGGAAAAAAGUGUGCUCAUCGAUUGACUUAUUUUAAAAAUGAUAUUUAAUCUUAUAUUCAUUAGAGUCAUAUUUGUCAAAUAUUUGUGAAA